CUGCUGCCGCCGCUCUCGGCGCUGCUCGGGGCCUCGGCCGCUCGCACCAGGCGCCGUUGGGACCUUUCCCGGGGGGGCGGAGACGCACUUAGCGGCCGGGGGCUCGGCCGGGCCGUCCCGGCCUGCGCAGCCUGAGAUUCUCUUUGUGGCCAGAUGGGUUUGUAUGGACAGGCUUGUCCAUCUGUAACUUCAUUAAGGAUGACAUCUGAACUGGAGAGCAGCCUAACAUCUAUGGACUGGUUACCACAGCUCACCAUGAGAGCAGCCAUCCAAAAAUCUGAUGCUACUCAAAAUGCUCAUGGAACAGGAAUUUCUAAGAAGAAUGCACUCCUUGACCCAAAUACAACUCUGGACCAGGAAGAAGUCCAACAGCACAAAGAUGGGAAACCUCCAUACAGUUAUGCCAGCCUCAUUACAUUUGCAAUUAAUAGCUCACCCAAGAAGAAGAUGACUUUAAGUGAGAUUUACCAGUGGAUUUGUGAUAACUUCCCAUAUUAUAGAGAGGCUGGCAGUGGUUGGAAGAAUUCCAUAAGACAUAAUCUGUCACUGAACAAGUGUUUCCUUAAAGUGCCUCGAUCCAAGGAUGACCCUGGAAAGGGGUCCUAUUGGGCGAUCGACACCAAUCCAAAAGAAGAUGCAUUGCCUACUCGGCCAAAGAAGAGGGCACGAUCUGUAGAACGGGCCUCAACUCCAUAUAGCAUAGAUUCAGAUUCUUUGGGAAUGGAGUGUAUUAUUUCGGGAAGUGCCUCUCCAACUCUGGCAAUCAACACUGUGACUAACAAAGUGACAUUGUACAACGCAGAUCAGGAUGGUAGUGAUAGCCCACGAAGUAGCCUUAACAACAGUCUCUCAGACCAGAGUUUGGCAUCUGUUAAUUUGAACAGUGUUGGAAGUGUGCAUAGUUAUACACCGGUGACAAACCAUCCAGAACCAGUGUCACAGUCAUUAACUCCUCAGCAGCAGCCACAGUACAACCUUCCAGAGCGAGACAAGCAGCUACUUUUCUCAGAAUACAAUUUUGAAGAUCUCAGUGCCUCAUUUCGGAGCCUUUAUAAGUCAGUUUUUGAGCAGUCACUUAGUCAACAAGGUUUGAUGAACAUCCCUUCUGAAUCUUCCCAGCCGUCCCACACUUCGUGUUCCUAUCAGCACUCUCCUAGCAGUACAGUGAGCUCUCAUCCACACAGCAGCCAAAGCAGCCUGUCCAACAGUCAUGGCAGUGGCCUCAAUACCACGGGCAGUAAUUCAGUUGCACAAGUCUCGCUGUCCCACCCUCAGAUGCACACACAGCCGUCCCCACAUCCGCCUCACCGACCACAUGGUUUACCACAACAUCCGCAGCGUCCCCAGCACCCAGCUCCACAUUCGCAGCAGCACAGCCAGCUCCAGUCCCCCCAUCCCCAGCAUCCCUCUCCACACCAACACCUUCAACACCAUCCGAACCAUCAGCACCAGACGUUAACACAUCCAGCACCCCCACCUCCACAACAGGUAUCCUGUAAUUCUGGUGUUUCAAAUGAUUGGUAUGCAACACUUGAUAUGCUAAAAGAAAGUUGUCGAAUUGCCAGCAGUGUUAAUUGGUCAGACGUAGACCUUUCGCAGUUCCAAGGUCUGAUGGAGAGUAUGAGACAGGCAGAUCUCAAGAACUGGUCUUUAGAUCAGGUUCAAUUUGCUGAUCUCUGUUCUUCUCUUAAUCAGUUCUUUACACAAACUGGCCUUAUCCACUCACAAAGUAAUGUUCAGCAAAAUGUUUGUCAUGGUGCCAUGCAUCCAGCAAAACCUUCCCAACAUAUUGGAACAGGAAAUUUGUAUAUAGACUCUAGGCAAAAUCUCCCUCCUUCAGUGAUGCCGCCCCCUGGUUAUCCUCAUAUCCCACAGGCGCUAAGCACUCCAGGAACAACAAUGGCAGGUCAUCACGGAGCCAUGAACCAGCAGCACAUGAUACCUUCCCAAGCCUUCCAGAUGCGGCGCUCGCUGCCUCCAGAUGACAUCCAGGAUGACUUUGAUUGGGAUUCAAUUGUGUAGGGCUUGUUUCUAUAAGACCCCAGACGCCAACAUCACCUUUCUGUGCAGUGAAGGGAAAGGUCUAAGAGAAUCCAGUUGAGAAAACAGAGUUGCUAAUCACUUUACCAAUGUUACCAUAAUUUCUUUUGAAGACAAUCAGAAAGAUUUUAGCUGGAUAACUUACUGCUUUUAUCUGACCCAAACAAGUACUACAUGUUUGUCUCCCUGCCAGCUGCCCUAUGUAGCUCCUAACUGUUGUGUGAUUUGGACAGCUUUUUGCAUAUUUGUGUCAGUUUGAUGUUAACCACAAGUGCCAGACUGAUUUUUCAGACAGAGCCUGUUUUGCUGCAAGCAGUUUAUAGAUACAUAUGUGUAAAUGUAUGUGCAAAAAUGACAGAAAGGCUUCACUUUUUUCCUAAUUGGACUGUGUCUUGGAAAGAAAGUUACAGUCAGUUUUUAUUCUUUGUCAGGCUAUUUCCUACAAGACGUUUAUAACUGAUGUAUGGAAUUAGAUUUUUCCAAAGUCCAGUUUCCUCUUUAAUCUUUUUCAGAAAUGUGGGGAAUGAAUUCUACCCAGUAAGUCAAGGAACCCAGAGUUUAGUGCUCUCCAGACAAUCCAGAAGGGCAUGUUCUUCCUGAGCAGCAUCAAGGACUGACCAAGUUUGUUUUGAGGCUUGGGGAUUACCCAGUAUAUGUUGUUCCUUGUCUGUCUGUUUUCCUAAAUCUUUAUUAUAACAGCUCUAAAAUUUGAUCAAUUAGAAGCUGGGCAUUGCUUGUUUUUUUCAGCAAACCAAUGCCUUCACAUUCACUUAUGUAUUUAUUAUUCAAAAGUAUUAUUAUAAUAUUUAUUGCUACCUUCUGUGAAUGCUCAGCUCCUCUUGGGUUUGUUAAGGAAGAAUGUGGUAUCCAGAAGUGCAGAUAGUUUUUCUUGAUAGAGUUUACAGACAAGACAAUCAGAGGGACAUUGUGUCAUUCUCUUUAUCAUAACUUCUUUUACCAUGUGAGUAUAUUUCUCUGUGUGAGCAUUCCUGCUGAUUGAGACUUAAUAGCUAAAUAGGGUGUUUUCUGGAAUUUGAAUCAAGAGACCAUUUGGGCCACAGAACAGCAAGGCAGUGUUUUUAAAGCAAAUUUCCCCAUUUAAUCUCGUUCUACUUAGGUAGGACUGGAAAGGAGGAUAGGACUACACAUAGAUUUUGUUUGCCUCAGUCAUUAAGUGGCCUGCUGGUUCUGUUGUCCUGGGUGUCUGGAUGCAUGAUACUUGGUCACUUUCUUUGAAAUGUAGCCCACCUCUUAGGGGUCUGUAUUAGUUUUAUGUCGUAUCAGUUAUGUUGCAUGGAUUGAUUGUAUUAGCUUUAUAAUAAUAAAACUAGAGGAAAUGAUUUUCUUUUCCUGAUUAUUAUAUAUUGAAUUGAUUAUUUAGACCAGAUUUUUUUUAUUCUAAUGGAGAAACAUGUUCCAUCAAAUCAAAGAGUAAUAACUGCUUGCUGGUUGCUUUUUAGCAUUGCUGCUCUCUGUCAGCCAUGCUAAAAUCACUUUAAUUAGCCUUAGUGGUUCUAUGGUUGAGUAAUGUCUACUUGAACUAAGCAAACAUCUGUGUGUGUGUGUGUGUGUGUGUGUGAGAGAGAGAGAGAGAGAGAGAGAGAGAGAGAGAGAGAGAGAGAGAGAAUGUGUUAGUGAAUGUGUGUAUUUUUUUAAAAUGGAGUGUUGCCUUGAAUGAAUCACUGGGAAGCCAGCCUUGGUAAGGGCUGGUGAGGUUGAGGAGAAAGGAAGAGCUUUAUGUUUCUCUGUUAUUUAGACCCUGUUUGGCAUGAGAAAGGAGGUUCAGUUCCAGCCCCUUAGAUGAGUGAAGAUCAGUGGAUUCUGGAAAGGCAGCCAAGAGGCCCCUCUUAGGAGGAUUUGAGGCAGGAUAAGAUGGCAGCCUGCAGAGUGAAAGCUUGGGAAAAAAAAAAAAGGGACAGUUCUAAGUAGUCUACUCAAGUCACUGUUUUCUAGACACCAGGAUCACAGUUUUGAAACUGUUUAAAUUGCUUGAGUAGCAAUGUGCACUUUAAACAAUUUGGGUAAUGGAAUGCAGUCUUAAGCUGAAUAAUUUGAACUUUUGAGUAGAACCACUGAUGAUGAUUUUACAAAUUGUGUGAAGCUAAUUUCCCAUUUGGCAAUCAUUUUCUAAUUUGCAGUGAUAAAUAUUUUUAUGAAUAUUUAAACUUACCCAUAAUGGCCCUGGAAGCAAAGCCUUUGCCCGGACCCAUUACACUCUCCUGUGAUCCACCUGACCUGGGAGCCCAGGACAGGCCUUCUCUGUGGGCGACAGCCAGCCUAGGCUACGUGGUGAGGUGCAGAGGUCCCUCUAGUGGCCAUUUCGGUUGGUAGUGGUUCGUGCAGAGCAAGUUCUGUUUGAGGCCUAAAUUGACUGACAACCUGGGAAGAAGAAUAAAUACAUGUAAUCAGAGGGGGCACUGUCCAGGAGAAUAAUCCGACUGGCAUUUGUGGCAGUUUUUGAAAUGUAAAUGUAUUCAUGUGUGUUCUUGUAAAUAUGUGUCGCUCAGAUGUCCUUCAUUUGAAGCGGGAGGGAAUCAAUCGGGGAUAAUUUCAAAUGGAAUAGAGUAUUUUGAUAUUGUUCAUUCAGAGGGUGAUGUGUAUAUAUCUAUAUUGUAUAUAUGUGAUGAAAAUGCAUUGGCUUUUUGUGCAGACACAACCUGCUCUCUGUACUGCUGUUGGACAGUCAGUGUUUUAAUGUUUCUACAGUUUUGCUAUUGCACGAUUUCAUAUUUUGCCUCUAUGAUGAACGGCACCCAUUCUUUGUAACUGUUCAGUGCUGUAAAGAAAUAUCCCAAGUGUCAUUAGGAUUGUUGCUGCCAGAACUGAUAUGCAUGAAUGGCACUUAAAAUAAAUAGAUUAUG